AUGCUCUCCGCCCACGCCCUCCUCCUCAGCGCCCUCUCCUUCAGCGCCCUCACCACCGCGCACUUCACGCUCGAAUGGCCCCCCUCGCGCGGCUUCGACGACGACAAAGAGCCCAGCUUCCCGUGCGGCGGGUUCGACAACGUCUCCAACAACCGCACCGCCUUCCCGCUCCGCGGCGCCGCGCCCAUCCAGCUGAAGAUGGGCCACACGGAAGCCAACGUGCAGGUGCUGCUGGCCGUGGGAAACGACCCGGGCAGCGCCUUCGACGUCGUGCUGCGCCAGACGUUCCGCGAGCGCGGGCCCGACAUGUUCUGCGUCGGCGGCGUGGAGGUGCCGGCGGGUGCGAACCUGACGGCUGGGAUGAACGCGACGAUUCAGGUGGUGACGAAUGGGGAUCCGGAGGGGGGGUUGUAUCAGUGCGCCGAUGUCACGCUCACUGACGAGAUGCUCUCCACCGACGCCUACGACGCCCACUGCACCAACAGCUCCGGCGUCACCGCGCAGGCCAUUUCCAACCCCCGCAACGCCAACGAGACGAGCGAGAGCAGCGGCGAUUCUUCUUCUUCUACUACUUCUUCUUCCGCCUCCGGCACUGCCGCGUCGUCCGCAUCUGGCGCCAGCUCGACGGCAUCUGCGGGCGCCGCGGCUGCGAAUGUCGGUUCCUGGGCCGGUGCGUGGGCGCUUGGUGCGGCGGCGGCGGUGGGGGGUGCUGUGGUGGCGUUGUGA